AUGGGAAACUACAAGGUGGGCAUGAGUAAAAUUAAUGGAAAAGGCCCAUUUGAUUCCAGACACUGGCACUUUUACGUGAGAAUCCGUGGCGUGGGCUUGGUUAUUUCCUUACGUAAAAGUCCUGUAGUAUUUCCGAGAGCUCUUCGCACAUUAGAGAAUUCCGAGGAACGGCCCUCGGGUCCCAGUCACCAGAGCUCGCGUUUGGGAAGCCUAAGUUGCCACGGGAAAGGCAGAGGCCGGCUGUCACCGCCUGUGAGGCAGCCCGGAAGCCACAGGCACCAGGUCCAGGAUGCAGUCCCGCUCACCAAGCGCUUCCCGGAAGCUGGGAUCGAGCCUUUCCAGGCGCUACGGUGGCCCGAAAGGUCUUUGGUAGGCCGCAGAAAGUCAGUGGGGAAGAAAAGCGUGACGCGCCGCGCACUUCAGGUUGUACAGUGUCUGGUCUGUCACGGCUCGCAAAUACGGGUUUCGCUUCUGUCCGGUGUUUCUCAAAGAGGCGCUGAUUUCCUAGCAAGGCUGUCACUCAAUGAGCUCUUCCGUAGGGGCAGCGAGGGGAGAGCCCGCUUCCGCGUUGUCGUUGGCUCUCGGUCGGUCGCGCGUCCGGGGCGGGACUUGGGCGCCUUCGGAUUGCAUCAGCUGGGCCCGCCGGUCCGCGUGACGCACGCGCCGCGUCCCUGGUCCGGGCCUCCGCCCUUCUCCCGGCAGUCCCUGUUGUCUUUCCCUAGUUCUUUGGUGUGUGAGAAGGCAAGCAGCCCUUCAGAGAAGAUGGGAGGCGAAGAGAAGCUGGUAGAUGCUGGUGAGGAGAAGCGAAAAGAAGGAGGCAAGAAGAAGAACAAGGAAGGAUCUGGAGAUGGAGGCCGAGCAGAGUUGAAUCCUUGGCCUGAAUAUAUUAACACACGACUUGAGAUGUAUAAUAAACUAAAGGCAGAACAUGAUUCCAUUCUGGCAGAAAAGGCAGAGAAAGAUAGCAAGCCAAUUAAAGUCACCCUGCCUGAUGGGAAACAGGUUGACGCGGAAUCCUGGAAAACGACACCAUAUCAAGUUGCUUGUGGAAUUAGUCAAGGCCUGGCUGAUAACACUGUUGUUGCUAAAGUGAACAAAGUUGUUUGGGACCUGGACCGGCCUCUGGAGGAAGAUUGUACCUUAGAGCUUCUAAAAUUUGAGGACGAGGAAGCUCAAGCAGUUUAUUGGCACUCAAGUGCUCACAUCAUGGGGGAAGCCAUGGAGAGAGUCUACGGUGGAUGUUUAUGUUAUGGGCCACCAAUAGAAAGUGGAUUCUAUUAUGACAUGUACCUUGAAGAAGGAGGUGUUUCCAGCAAUGAUUUCUCUUCUUUGGAGACUUUAUGUAAGAAAAUCAUUAAAGAAAAACAAGGUUUUGAAAGAUUGGAAGUUAAGAAAGAAACUCUACUGGAAAUGUUUAAGUACAACAAGUUCAAAUGCCGGAUAUUGAAUGAAAAAGUCAAUACCCCAACUACAACGGUCUAUAGGUGUGGCCCCUUGAUAGAUCUCUGCCGGGGUCCUCAUGUCAGACACACUGGCAAAAUUAAGACUUUAAAAAUACACAAAAAUUCCUCCACAUACUGGGAAGGCAAAGCAGAUAUGGAGACUCUCCAGAGAAUUUAUGGCAUUUCAUUUCCAGAUCCCAAAAUGUUGAAAGAGUGGGAGAAGUUCCAAGAAGAAGCUAAAAACCGAGAUCAUAGGAAAAUUGGGAGGGACCAAGAACUAUAUUUCUUCCAUGAACUCAGCCCUGGAAGUUGCUUCUUCCUGCCGAAGGGGGCCUAUAUUUACAAUACACUCAUGGAAUUCAUUAGGAGUGAAUAUAGGAAAAGAGGAUUCCAGGAGGUAGUCACCCCAAACAUCUACAACAGCAAACUCUGGAUGACCUCUGGCCACUGGCAGCACUACAGCGAGAACAUGUUCUCCUUUGAGGUGGAGAAGGAGCUUUUUGCUCUAAAGCCCAUGAACUGCCCAGGACACUGCCUUAUGUUCGAUCAUCGACCGAGAUCCUGGCGAGAGUUGCCUCUCCGGUUAGCCGAUUUUGGGGUACUGCAUAGGAAUGAGCUGUCGGGAGCACUGACAGGACUCACCCGGGUACGAAGGUUCCAGCAGGAUGAUGCACAUAUAUUCUGUGCCAUGGAGCAGAUCGAAGCUGAGAUAAAAGGCUGUUUGGACUUUCUGCAUACAGUAUAUGACGUAUUUGGAUUUUCUUUUAAACUGAACCUUUCUACUCGCCCAGAAAAAUUCCUUGGAGAUAUUGAAAUAUGGAACCAAGCUGAGAAACAACUUGAAAACAGUCUGAAUGAAUUUGGUCAAAAGUGGGAGUUAAAUCCUGGCGAUGGAGCUUUCUAUGGUCCGAAGAUUGACAUACAGAUAAAAGAUGCCAUCGGUCGCUACCACCAGUGUGCAACAGUCCAGCUGGAUUUUCAGUUGCCUAUCAGGUUCAAUCUGACUUUCGUGAGCCAUGAUGGUGAUGAUAAGAAGAGGCCAGUGAUUAUUCAUCGAGCCAUCUUGGGAUCUGUGGAAAGAAUGAUUGCUAUCCUCACUGAAAACUAUGGGGGCAAAUGGCCUUUCUGGCUGUCUCCUCGUCAGGUAAUGGUAGUUCCAGUAGGACCAACAUGUGAUGAAUAUGCCCAAAAGGUACGGCAACAAUUCCAUGAUGCUAAAUUCAUGGCAGACAGUGAUCUGGAUCCAGGCUGUACACUAAACAAGAAGAUCAGAAAUGCACAGUUAGCGCAGUAUAACUUCAUCCUCGUUGUUGGUGAAAAAGAGAAGGCCAGUGGCACUGUUAAUAUCCGUACAAGAGACAAUAAGGUUCAUGGAGAGCGUACUGUUUCGGAAACCCUCGAACGCCUGCAGCAGCUCAAGCGGUCCCGAAGUAAACAGGCAGAAGAAGAAUUUUAAACCUUUGCCCAGCGCACAGACUUGCUCAGUGGAAAAGGACGAGCCACGUUUCUGUAACAUUGAGCUUAUAUUCUGGACAAAAUCAUUUUAUACUGAAUUUGGAAUAGCUCAGCACUCUGCACACAGAUGACUGAGCAGCCAACCUGUUUUAACCUAGACACAUUUUAGAUAGUGUGCAUUUGAUGGAGUUAAUUAAAAGAACCAUUAUGAUUAUCUUACUCAGUAAAUCUCUGAGCGAUGGAAAUAAAGCAUUCAGGAUGCUUUUAGUAGCAGCACUGUUUAUAAAUUCAAUAAGUUGAAGAAUAAAAAUUUUCCAGGUUUGAUUAAGGUAAAAGGAAAACUAGAAUUGGAUUAUACUGUAAAAAUAAAGGGCAAAGUAACAUAAGUUUCUGUUUUUGUUUUUUGGGCUUUUUGUUGUUUGUUUUUGCGACAGGAUCUCACCGUGUGGCCCAUGCUGGUUUUGAACUCAUGCUGAUCUUCCUGCCUAAGCCCCUCGAGUGCUGGGAUGGCAGGCACGCACCACCAUGCCUGACGACUGUAAGUUUCAGGAUGCUCUGUAUUGCACAUAUGCACACAUGCACUUGAAACAAAUUUUGCACGUCAGUAGUUUUUACAACAAAUAUGAUGUAAGGUGGAUGGAUGGGACAAAUCUAAUGGGUAUAGUUCUCAAACUGGGGUGUGAGUUAGGUGCUAGCUUCUUAGUUGUAGGAUAAAUAUUUUGGAGUGUCACUUUCUCUUUGGAUAGAAAUCUUUUAGAACAAUUAAUAACCAUGAAUCUAAUACAGAGUAGACUUACACAAAUUUUUAACAUAAAGGAUGUGUCUUCAAAGACAACUCUGUUCAUGGCUGUCUAUUCUGGGCCAUAAAUUCUCUUGUACAGAUUUCCUGAUUUCUCAAGAGAAUAUUUUCCAGUUUUUCUACCAGUAAAUGGUGAUUGGAGGAGUGCCACAAAGUAGGAAUUUCUUAUGUAGAUAUAUAUCAGUUCCUCUGUAAUAUAAUCAUUUUUAGAAAUUUAACACCUUUCAGUUUUGUAAUAACCUUAAAUUUCAUGUUCUCAAGGGUCACUUCAAGGAGAAAUUAUUCUGCAUAGAUGAGUCCUUAAUAAAGGAGAUAAGAUCUUUAAUCACA